CUCUCGACAAUCUAACAUAGCAUCUAGAGCCAGGUUUCGCCCUCUACUCACGCUUCCGCCCUAGCACACCCUAGCCUAGCGCGCCUCGCAGCUCGUCCCUUCCCCGCCCUCUCCUCUUCGUCGCGUAGCUCACGCCAGCCGCCGCUGGCCCGCGCCCGCCAGCGCCUUAGUUCGUAGCCGUCCCACCUCCCGCCACCCGUUCCUAGCCUGCGCAAGCUCGCGCCAGCCCGCCGCCUGCUCGCCUGCUCGCCAGCCCGCCAGCCCGCCAGCCCGCCAGCCCGCCUGCUCGCCAGCUCGCACGCUCGCCUGCUCGCCUGCCCGCCCGCCCGCCUGCUCCCCAGCCCGCCAGACCGCCUGCUCGCCGGCUCGCACGCUCGCCAGCUCGCACGCUCGCCUGCUCGCUUGCUCGCCCGCCCGCCCGCCCGCCUGCUCUCUUGCUCGCCUGCCCGCCAGCCCGCCUGCUCACCAGCCCGCCUGCUCGCCUGCUCGCCAGCCCGCCAGCCCACCUGCUCGACAGCUCGCACGCUCGCCUGCUCGCCAGCCCGCCUGCUCGCCAGCUCGCACGCUCGCCUGCUCGCCUGCUCGCCCGCCCGCCUGCUCGCUUGCUCGCCAACCCGCCAGCCCGCCUGCUCGCCCGCUUGCACGCUCGCCUGCUCGCCAGCCCGCCUGCUCGCCUGCUCGCCUGCUCGCCAGCCCGCCAGCCCGCCUGCUUGCCAGCGCGCCUACUCGCCAGCUCGCCUGCCCGCCUGCUUGCCCGCUCGACUGCUCACCAGCCCGCCUGCUCGCCUGCCUGCCAGCAGCGCAGCAGCCAGCGCCAGCAGCCAGCAGCCAGCUCACUGGCUCACCAGCGCCACCAGCGCCAGCAGCCAGCAGCCAGCACCAGCUAGCUCGCCAGCGCCAGCCAGCGCCAGCAGCCAGCAGCCAGCUUGCUGGCUCACCAGCGCCACUAGCGCCAGCAACCAGCAGCCAGCGCCAGCCGCCAGCCGCCAACAGCCAGCAGCCAGCGCCGGCUGCUGCCACCCACUGCCACUACCGCAGCUACUACUGCCCGCUGCUGCCCCGCUGCUGCCUACUGCCGCCCACUGUCGUUGCAGCCGCCACUACCGCAGCCACUGCUGCCGCCACUGCAGCCGCUGCCUCUGCAGCUGCCGCUGCUACUCCUAUCGCCACUGCUGUUGCCCACCGUCAGCUUCGGCCUCCAGCAGCCGGCCACCAGCCGCCAGCACCAGUCACCAGCCGCCAGCAGCCGACCGCCGACCCUCAGCCGUCAGCCACCAGCUGCCACCACUCGCGAAAAGCCGCUGACCACCAGCCGCCAGCGGCAGUCGGCCGCCAGCCGCCAGUCGCCAGUCGGCCGCCUGCCCCAUGGCUCCGUUAUGGCUAACUCCACAACUGUGCCUGAUCAACCGUCCUCGCGCUCUCUCCCUCUACCGCAACCUCCUAAGAGAGAUCAGCAAGCGACCCGGGGAUAUGAGCUGGGCGGCAGCGGAGAGCCGGAAGAAGGAUCUGCGGAUGCUGUUCGAGAUGGGGAGGAGCGAAGCGUCCGUGGAUAAUGUGAGAGAGCUGUUUAGAACAGGGGAGCACGUGCUGGCACAGCUUAGAAGGGGGCACCUGCCAGAAGUGGCUUAUGUGUAGCCUGGCGUAUGUUCCGGACUUGGUCUUGGGGAUCGAAGGAGUGAAGCAUCAGUGGAUAAUGUGAGAGAGCUGUUCAAAGGGGAGCAUGUGCUAGCACAGCUGGGAAGCAGGCAUUCACUCCUGAAGUGGCUUACUACCGUAAACGCCCGGAUAGAAGACCCCCAUGGAAUAGAAGAUAUAGUGUCUUGUAUUAGGCGUUCGAGGGAGGUAUGAGAUAAGAUACCCUACGUUGCUUUCAGUGUCGCAUGUGUUAACACACUGUAUUGUCCAAAAGGCUAACA